GAAAUGCUGGCAGGUCUCGAGUGUCAGUUGAUGAAUGGAGCGAUAGGAACAAAAAUCCAGAGAUCUUCUUCAGCUUCCUCUAUUACGGGAAUCUUGAAUUCCCCAGGUUCUGGUGGGGCAAAGAAGAACUGUGGACUGCAAGUCCAAAAGGAGCUGACGGAAGCAGAAAUGCAUGAUAGGGCUGUGGAUAUAUGCAAAUGGGUGAGGUCCAGUCAUUCAGUUGGGCCCCACAGGGCUAAAAUCAAUGGUAGGAUCGAGUCAUCUGAAUGCAGAGGCAUCUGCCUAUUCUAAAAUGGGUCCCAUUUAAUCAAGGUGGGCCACACUUGUGACUCAUGUUUGUAGGUAGUCACUAACAUUUGUGUAAUUAUGCUAUUCUCUAUUCUCAGAGACUGCACAAAGCUCUUGGUGAACUUCCAUUCUUCUGCAGCGGAUAGUAAGCUGAAGUCGGUCCACCAGAAGUACUCUAAUCCUCUACAUGGAGCUGUCACUUUCAUAUGGUCAUUCCUCACAGCUUCCACACGUCAUCAAUUGAAGAUAUUUCCACUAUGUUGUUAAACAGUUCUACUCUAAGCUUGAGGAAAAGAUUCAUGCAAAGGAAGUGGAAAAAACUAACAUGCAGGCCAAAUCUAAGGUGGUACCAUUUUAAUUCUAAUCUACAAGCUGAGCAGUGAUUAACAAUUUGGUUGUUUUUUCUUUAUUGGAUUGAAUGAUUUUGAUUGUUUCAAGUCUGUAUAUGAUGUCGAAGCUGGGAAGAUUCUGAACUCGUUUCAUGUAUUUGAGGGUGUCCAUGUGCUUGGAAUUUCUUGUAUCUUCCUUGAUUUAAGAAACUGUUUUUUUCCGCUUUUUUUUUUUUUUUUUAAUCCUUUUAAUAAAUGUGGGAUCUCUCUUUAACCAGUUUCGAUGUUUUUGUUCUUAAAAUUAUUUGUUGGCCUGUUAGUAGCAGGCCUAUAUGCCUUGUGAGCAUGAGGACGAUAGUUAUCUUGCAGUAGGACUUAGCGACAACUCUGUCUGUCUAUGGGACAUUUCUAGAUCCAAUAUGGUUGCUGAAGUAAAAUGUCCAGGGUCAGAUUUCUUUGUAAAAGUUUCAGAGUGCAAACUGCAACAGAAGCAACAAAGAGAGCAACAAGAAAUAGUUGAUUUAACAAUGGGAAACAAUGAGCUUGGCAAAGAUUCAGAAUCUUUGACUUUUCAUCCAGAGACUUGGAACCCAAUGUGGUCCGUGGCAAGAUGUGCAGCUACAGGUUUCGUAUGCUCCUCAGUUCGAGUCUGUUUCUGAUAUGAAGGAGAAAUUGGAAGGCAGGAGAAGAGAAGUUCUAAGCCGACUAAACUGUGAGUUUCUUCCAAGAUUGAUAUGUGCAGUCACUUGCAAAAAUUACCUCAUUGUACCUUAAACAAGCUUGCUCUUCUUUUUUCCUCUUCUUCUAUAUCUACAAAUUGCACCUAGAAGAUCCAAAGGAUAAGAGCCUUCUAAGCAAAUGUAAGGCUUAUAUUGCUACAAUUAUUCUUAUUCAUAAUUCUCAAGGGAUCAUACAGAAUCAGCAACAGCAUAUGGUGUGAUAUUUGCAAAUGGCAUUGAUUUUACAUAGUCAUGAACUGAUUGUUUUAAUCCAUUUUCUCUGUUUUUGUUUUUUUUUUUUUUUUUUUGUUCCUCUUCAUGUUAGGAUUAUUCCAUUUUCUAUCCCUUUAAUUACUAAUGCAUGAUUUGGGUAUUCUUUAUAAUGUGUAAGAUUUUCUUUCGAGUUCCUUAUUCAAUUAAUCUACUUAAUGUGUUUUCUUUUUCUGUUUUUUUUUUUGGAAAUACAAUUAAUUUUAAUCUGGAAAUUAUAGCAAAUGGACCAAUAAAACC